ACCACGUUCAAAAUGUCUUCAACAGGAGGCGACAACAACGCGGCUUUAUUGCCAAUAGUGUAUGAUUACUUGAAAGACUCAUGCCAAGAAAUAGCCGAUGCGUUUCAGAAGAAAUUCAAGUUUAAACCAAGUCCAAAAUCUCCAAAGUUACACUCCAUAUACAAAGACUGGGCUGGGAAAAGAAAAACUGAAACAUUGAAUGGUCCAGCAACUAAAAAAACAAAGAAAGAGGAGUCUUCUGAUUCAAGUGAUUCAUCAGAUGAAGAAACAACACCCCCAACUAAAAAGACAAAUGGCCCAACACCAAAACAAACUCCCAGUAAACGAGGCAGAGCUUCCAGUAGUGAUAGCUCUGAUUCUUCAGAAGAGGAUACUAAGAAAAAGGUUGUCAAGAAGCCACAAGCUAAAGUAGCAAAAGUGACACCAAAAGGUAAAGCAGCUAAAGAAUCGGAUUCCGACUCAGAUUCAGAAAGCAGUGAAGAUGAAGCUACUAAAGCAAAAGCCAAACCCAAGGCUAAAACAACUACGCCUAAAACUGUUCCAAAAGUGACACCUAAAAAAGCUGAAUCUUCUGAUAGUUCUGAUAGCAGUGACGAAGAAGACACUAAACCAAAAGCAAAGUCUGUCGCUGUGAAAACUCCAGUCAAGAACAUUGUAAAGGCGGCUGCUCCUAAAAAGGCAGAAUCAUCUUCUGAUUCUUCAGACAGUAGUGAAGAUGAAAAACCAAGAACUACAAAAGCUAAACCUGUAACACCAAAAGUUCCGGUUAAAGUAACUCCCAAGGUAACUCCUAAAUCUACCCCUAAGAAGCCGGAGUCUUCUGAUUCUUCAUCUUCGGACAGCAGCGAGGAUGAAAAACCUAAAACUAAGACAACUGCAAAAGUAACCCCUAAAGCACAAGCUACAGUUACGCCAAAAGGGACCCCUAAAGCAGCAGCAGGAAAGACAACUCCUAAAGCUCCAGUAAAAAAAGAUGAAUCCUCUUCAUCAGACUCCUCUGAUAGCAGCGAAGAAGAAAAACCCAAAACUGCUAAGGCUGUAACCCCCAAAACAGUUACACCUAAAGCAACUCCUAAAACUACCCCUAAAGCAGCUACUAAAAAGGAUGAUUCAUCAGAUUCUUCAGACAGUAGUGAAGAUGAAAAACCCAAACCAGUUAACCCUAAAGCAGCAAUUUCUAAGCCAUCCCCAAAGGUUGCUGUAGCUGCCAAAAAGAAAGAGUCAAGUUCUAGCAGUGAUUCAAGCUCUGAAGAAGAGAAACCUACCCCAAAGAAAACACCUGUUAAGCCAGCAGUUGUACCAAAGGUGGCCACUAAACAAGAAUCGAGCGAUAGCAGCAGUUCUGAAUCUGAGGAUGAAAAGCCUAAAAAACCUGCACAGUCAAAGGUAGCUGCAAAAUCACCUGCAGCAAAAUCAGCUCAAAAAAAGUCAGCUAAACAUAGCGGGACUAGUGACUCAGACAGCGAUUCAUCAUCAGAUACAGAUACAAACACAAAAAAACCUGCAGUAAAACCUAAAGUUGCUCCUAAAACUGCAGUUAAACCAUCUCCAAAACCGGUGGCCAAAGCUGCUGAAAGUUCAAGUUCAGAUUCAAGCUCUGAAGAAGAAAAGCCAAAGGCUAAAUCAGUGGUUAAACCAGGAGCAAAGACUCCCACCAAAGCAGUGCCGACUCCCAAGAUGACACCGAAAGCCAAGAAGGAUUCUUCAAGUUCAGAUUCUGAUUCCUCCAGUGAAGAUGAAAGCCGGGUCACUGAAUCAAUUUUAAAGAAAUCAACACCUUUAGCCAAGUCCACACCAGCACCUUCAAAAAUAAAAUCUGUUCUCAAAAAACCUGCAACAAAAAAAGAUUCCAGUAGCUCAGAUUCAAGUUCUGAAGAUGAAGCCCCCAAAAAUAAAUUAACUCCAGCAGCUAAGAAAACCCCAUUAAAAACUACUCCGAAAGUAACCCCAAAAACCGCUGCCAAGAAGGACUCUUCCUCCUCCUCUAGUUCAGAUUCUGAAGAAGAAUCAAAGUCUAAAGUAGUGAAAGUCGCUGGUAAGGUUCCAACGCCGAAAGCCAAAGUAGCUCCCAAAAAGGCAGCAGCUAGUUCAAGUGAUUCAAGCUCCAGUGAGUCAGAGGAAGAAGUUAAGAAACCAACAGCUGCAAAGAAAUCACCAGCACCCUCAAAAAGCCCAGCAGCUAAAACAACCCCAAAAGUAGCCAAGAAAGAUUCCAGCUCUGAUAGUUCCAGUAGUUCUGAAGACGAAAAGAAGCCCACCACCCCAGCUAACAAAAAAGUAGCCCCCAAGACUCCUACCUCUGCUAAAGCUACCCCUAAACAAACCAAGAAGGAUUCAUCAAGUUCUGAUUCAUCAAGCGAGUCUGAAGAUGAGAAACCGAAAAGGCCUGUCAAAUCUUUAACAAAGACUCCUGUAAAGACGCCAGUAAAUGGGAAAAAAGUUCCAGUUAAGAAACAAGAAAGUAGUUCCAGUUCAGACUCUUCUUCUUCUGAAGAUGAGAAAAAAGCAGCAACGAAAACAAAAUCUCCGGCAGUAAAGACUCCACAAGUUGUGAAAAAAACUGUUAAAAAAGAUGAAAGUUCUUCUGAUUCUUCUGAUAGUGAGUCCGAACCUGAAGCAAAAAAGCCGAAAACUCCUGUCUCCGCAAACAAACAAAAAGCCACUGUGAAUAAAAAUAAAAAAGACUCUAGUUCGUCUGACUCUAGUAGUUCAGAAUCUGAAGACGAGAAUCCCAAAACUCCUAAACUACCAAACGGAACCUCCAGUAAAUCUAACACACCUUUAUCUAACGGCAAGGGAUCACGUAAACAGAAUGAACCAUUUCGUCGAGUAAAAGCAGAAGAAAUGGACGUUGAUCACAGGUUACAAGAUAAUUCUUUUGAAGCUAAGAAAAACGCAAAAGGCUCAUGGGGCGAAAAAGCGAACUAUGACUUAAAACAUACAAAAGGAAAAUCAUUCAGACAUGAAAAAACCAAGAAAAAACGUGGAAGCUACGCUGGUGGUAACAUCGACUUUUCUGUGAAUUCAAUAAAAUUUGAAGAUUAAACUGUGUGUUUGUGUAUCAUCAACAUUCAUAAGACAACCAUAUUCAAGAUAUCUAGAAUGGAUCUUGAACGAUAAGAAGACAAUCGAUUCAAGAUAUAAUGAACUGUGACUAUAAUAUGCAAUGUAUCUUGAACGAUAAGACAACCGUAUUCAAGAUAUAAUGAACUGUUGCUAUAAUAUGCAAUGUAUCUUGAACGAUAAGACAACCGUAUUCAAGAUAUAAUGAACUGUGGCUAUAAUAUGCAAUGUAUCUUGAACGAUAAGACAACCGUAUUCAAGAUAUAAUGAACUGUUGCUGUAAUGUGCAAUGUAUCUUGAACGAUAAGAAGACGACCAUAUUCAAGAUAUCUUGAACGAUAAGAAGACAACCAUAUUCAAGAUAUCUUGAAUGAUAAGACAACCAUAUUCAAGAUAUCUUGAAUGAUAAGAAGACGACCAUAUUCAAGAUAUAAUGAACUGUGGCUGUAACGGGCAAAGUAUCUCGAACAAUAAGACUGUAUACUUUUCAAGAUACCUUGAAAGAAAACGGUAUUCAAAAUAUCUUGAAAAAUGAAGAAAUACCAAGUGUUUGUGUGUAUAUCAUUUCAUUUCAUUCAAAGAUGUUUUUCGUGACAAACAAGCAUUGAAAUGAACUUAUACGGAAAUGUUUUUUGAGUUUUGUAUCGGACAUAGAUUGAUAUCAAUAAAAGACAAAUUUGUACAAGUAAAAAAGACGGACAUCAGAGGGACCGAGUUUGAGAAAGUCUGGUUUUUGUAAUAAUAAUAAUAAUAAUAAUAAUGUACAUCUAUGGUUACGCUCACUCCAUCCGUAUUGCAUGCUCUGAGCGAAUUGAAGAUAAAAGCCAAGUCCACAGUGCAUUCUCAGACUUAAGUUAAGAAUUUACUCAAAAUUGUUCGCCUUAUUUUAACUAAGACUAAGAUAUAGCCCUUUAUAAAACUUUUGUUUUAAUUUAUCAAAUACAUGUACAUCAAUAAGAAACUAUGUGCUAAGUUUUGUGUUUCUGGAUUAAAGAUAUUUCUCAUAAACAGUGAUUGAAAGUUGAGUAAAUUCUUAACUUAAAUCUGAAAAUGCUUUGUGAACUCGAUGCCUGAUAAUAAGUAACAAACAAAUAGGGUUUUGAGUUUGGAUUUGAAUUCAGCUAAUGUUUGAGAACAUUUUAUCUUCAAUGGUAAGUUAUUUACACUUGUGGUAAUAAAUGUAGAAUAUGUAUAAUUGGGGGAAGGAUGUUGAAAGGUGGAAAAUAAAGAAUAUUGAUUUUCAAAUUUUAUCUUUAAUAAAUGCUAAUGAAUCAGUUUUUGGUGUUAAAGUUUACAGAAGUUUUUAGAGGUCGUAUUUCCUUCAUAUUUAAUGAAUAUUUUAACUGGUCAGGAAUAAAGGUGCAUUAUGUAAGAUUUAGAUAAAGGGAGGGAAGUUCUUUCUAUUUUAAUUCAAAAAUAGAUAAUGAAAAAUGAAGAUAUUUAAAUUUUCAUUCAAAUUACUUUAUUACGAGUGAAGUUAUGAGUGUUGGAGGAUUGUAGCCUAGAUUGUUUUAUCAUAGCAUCGGUUGGGGGAUCACGGUGGCUACGUGGGUAAGACGCUGGCUCGCUAGCCUGGAGGUCAGGUAUUCGAUCCCUGCAUUGGCCGAGAAAGUUCAUCCAGAUUUUACGACGUGGUUCCCCCUUGUCAGUGAUGCAGAAUGGAGGGUCUGACAAGGACAGCUGUCUAGUCCUUCGGAUGAUACAAAAAAACGGUCCCGUGUAAACAUUGGAAUGCAUGUAAAAGAGCCCCUGGCAGUUGGAAUUCGAUAUAACAGUAGGCGAUAGUGCCGCUGCCUGGGCAAAAUUUCCCUCAUAGCACACUGUAUGGCGUAUGCCCGUCUUCAUUAGCUCAGUAUGGGAGCAGAACAGUAGGACGUUAAACUUCAUUUCAUCUUUCGUAGCAUCGGUACAUCUCGUUUGUCCAUUUUAUCGUUAAAUCUCGUGAGCCAUCUAAUCCAUUUAAAUCUAUGCCAUCUUGAUGGUCUAGAGAGUGGAUUAUGGGAUUGUCAUGUUAUUAAUGUCGAAAUAAUAAUUUAUAUAACAAUCGGUACCAAAUUAAAGACUUGCUAUACAUGUACGCCGAUUUAACUCUUACAUGAUGCAUCUUUAACUCAGUUGUGACAAGAAUUAUUUGUUAGAGGUUAGUAAAUGUUAUACUUCAGUUGAUGAAUUGUUAUUUAUGGUGGAUGGGUUGUUGAUUGAAUUUUAAUUAUUCAACUAAUUAAUGUUUUUUUGUUAAUUAUAAACCAGAUUAUUGAAUAUAACAUGGCCCAGUUUUGGUGGGUUUCUUUUUGCAAUAUUUGUAUACAAAAAAAUUACAAGUGAACUAAAUCAAACGGCGCAUUGAAUAAAAACCUAUAUAUUGGCUUGCGUACAAAGUUAGAUUGAAUCAUUUCGGUAUAGUUGUGUAGGAGAAUGUUUUGUACAGAACGUGCUUUUCUCUUAGACCUAUAUUAAGUUACGUUAAUUAUUUUUUUUACCAUUUAUGAUUCAUGAUGUCAUAGUGUUAAAAGGUGUAGUAUAAGCAUGUAUUUACUGUAUGUUCAAGACUUGGUACUAGCCCAGCUAUAACUAUUGUAUUACUGUAUGUUCAAGACUUGGUAAUUGCCCAGGCUAUAACUAUUGUAUUACUGUAUGUUCAAGACUUGGUACUUGCCCAGGCUAUAACUAUUGUAUUACUGUAUGAUCAAGACUUGGUACUUGUUUUCAAAUUCAUUAGUCAGCAUUUUAUUCAUAUAUUUUAUUAUAUUUAUAUUUAUAAAAUGCUUAUAUUAUUUACUGUUAAUGAUGCAUGAUGGGAUAGUAGAUCAAACCUUCUGGAAUUACUUUCUCUUAACGUACAGUGAUGACCAAGUCACGGCAAGAAAAUUGCUUGAUAAAAUAUUUUCCCAAAGUUCAUAAGAAGGUCUUGAAGAAACAUGAAUUUUCUCACCUGUAUCAAAAGCUUUGUUUUUUUUCUUGUUUUGGAUUUUUUGAUCAUGCGUUGUUAGUAUAGAAUACAUUGUGUAUAUAUACACCAAUUGUCAACAGAUAUAAGUAAUAAGUACAAAUAAAGAUGUCACAAGUCAUUAUCAAUCCAUUUUAUUUAUAUUGAUUAACGACUUGAGAAAUCUUGUUAAAAGUCACCCUGUAAUAAACCACAAUAAAUGUUAUUCCAUAAAUAGUGUCUUAUUUGCUUACGUUUCAAUGAAUAAUGUAAAAAAAAAAAAAAAAGUCUAGUAAUACAGUAUUAAAGGUGAUUAAAAUUAACAAACGUCCAGGCAAAUGUUCUCUCGUAACAUACUGUAUGGCGUAUGCCCGUCUUCAUUAGCCCAGUUGGUGCAGAACAGUAUUUCAUUUUAUUCUUGAUUCAAGACUUCAUUUUGACCUGAAUAAAGAGGUUAUAUUAUUUUUCUUGUAUAAAUUUAUGAUUUUUGUAUAUAAAUAUUAUUAUCAGAUACCGAAUGUGUUGCAUCAUAUUAUUCACAGAAUUUACAGAAUGUCAAUAAAACUUUUAAAACAUU